CUUAUGCUGAGUAGGUUUUGCGAAAGUCAAAACACCAAAACAUAAGCUUCCUCGUCGAAUGGAAUAUGAAAUUAGCUAACAAUGACCUUUUUAAACGGCAUAUCGUUGUAUCACGUGAACAUAUUUUGAGAACAAGCUUUUAGCAUAUGCACAGUCUUUUUACUCUGAGAAAAGAGUUAACCAAGUAUCCAUAGCGUCUGAAGUGUUUCCUCCUGUACUGGAUUUCUUUGUCGCCAUUACAAGUACUAGCUAACACCACGCAGGUUUAUUUGGGCAGACACCACAGACAUGACUUCCCGCAUAUGCAAGAACUGUGGUUGUUCCGAGAUCGACCUCGAUCAGGCUCGGGGCAAUGCAGUAUGCACGAACUGUGGGUCUGUGCUGGAGGACAACAUCAUCGUGUCCGAGGUGCAAUUCGUGGAGGGCAGUGGUGGGAUUUCGUCAGCUGUGGGGCAAUUCGUCUCAGCAGAUGGUCCAGUGAAAGCCCCAGUCCUGGGUACUGGGUUCCACACCAGCCUUGGAAAAGAGUCCCGUGCUCAGACGCUGCAGAACGGAAAGCGGCAGAUCCACAACCUGGGCAGCCAGCUGCAGCUCAACCAGCACUGCUUGGACACUGCCUUCAACUUCUUUAAGAUGGUGGUGAGCAAGCACCUGACGCGCGGACGCAAGAUGGCGCACGUCAUUGCCGCUUGCCUCUACUUGGUCUGCCGGACUGAGGGCACGCCCCACAUGCUUCUGGACCUGAGUGAUCUCCUACAGGUGAACGUGUACAUCCUAGGGAAGACCUUCCUCCUGCUGGCUCGAGAGCUCUGCAUCAACUCCCCAGCAAUAGACCCUUGCCUGUACAUCCCUCGUUUCGCCCACAUGCUGGAAUUUGGGGAGAAGACCCAUGAGGUGUCCAUGACUGCACUGCGCCUACUACAGAGGAUGAAGAGGGACUGGAUGCACACGGGACGCAGGCCCUCUGGGCUGUGUGGGGCAGCGCUGCUGGUGGCUGCUCGGAUGCACGAGUUCCGCCGCACCGUCAAGGACGUGAUCGGAGUGGUGAAAGUGUGCGAGGCCACACUGAGGAAAAGAUUGACAGAGUUCGAGGACACUCCCACCAGUCAGCUGACCAUCGAUGAGUUCAUGCGGGUGGAUCUGGAGCAGGAGUGUGACCCACCCUCUUUCACUGCUGGACAGAGAAAGGUCAAGAUGCAGGCGCUUGAACAAGUGUUAGCCAAAAAGCUGGAUGAAGUUCAAGGUGAAAUCAGUUUGUAUCGAGACGAGAUCGAGACGGAGCUGGAAAACAGCAGGCCAAAGCUCAGAGGGAUCUACGCUGCCUAUGCCAAAGAAAUUGACCCGCUGGACGAGGUGCUUUCUCAGGCCUCAUGCUCCAGCCCCAGGGAGGUGGACCCCGAGGAGGACGAGGAGCUGGAGGCAGUUGCCCAACACCUGAACCAGGACUUCCUCUGCCAGGUCAUCCAGGGGGAACAGCAAGGGGAGGAAAGAGGGGGAGAAGGAGUGACAGAGGAGGCACCCCCUCCACAUCCACCACCCAGAGGAGGGCCCUCCCUAGCUUCCAUCCUGGGUCCCUUGCCUAGCGCGGCUAGCCUGGGGCUCAGUGAGUCCAUCCAUGAGUGCAUCGCAGAGGACAAGGACAGUGAUGGCAAGUCGGAGAGCGGGGAAUUGGACCUGGACGGCAUCGACGAUAAUGAAAUUGAGAGGUAUAUCCUCAACGACAAAGAAGUGAGAGUUAAGACGGCCCUGUGGAUGAAGCAGAAUGAGGAAUAUCUGAGGGAGCAGAAAGAAAAGGAGGAAAGGAUAACUAAAGAGAAAGAGCAAGGGACCUACAAGGAAAAGCCCAAGAAAACGUCCAAGAAGCGGGAGCCCAUCCGUGCCAGUACGGCGGGCGAGGCCAUCGAGAAGAUGCUGGAGCAGAAGAAGAUCUCCAGCAAGAUCAACUACGACGUGCUGCGUGACCUUAACAGCAAGGGUGGCAGCGGCAACAGCAGCCCUGCCCAGCCAACCUCCACGGAAGAGCCACCCAGUGGCCCCCCUGGGCGGAAGAGGCUGACCCGCCGCAAGAAGCAGCCCAACAAGACCAAUAUGGGCCUGGCCACCACCAUCAUGGGCAAGAGACUCCGUCCACUUAUAUCCUCUGCAACCAAGAAGAAGAGAGCCGCUUCACAGGUGACCCCUAACCUGACCCCGGCUGCAACCCCUGUUCUGCCCAACUUGUCCAGCCCGCCUACCCCCAACCCGGCCCCUCCAGGACCCACUAUGGUGGAGAGUGGCCCGGUCGCCUAUGACGAAGUGGCAGAGGAUGAAGAGGAGGAAGAAGUGGAGGAGCCCUGUGUCAGUGCGUUGCAGCUCCUGGGAGGAAACGAGUACGGCUGUGAGGCUGAAGAGGAAGAGGUUUUCUAGGCUCGAUUUUUCCUCUUCUUUCAUCAAAUACUGAGGAUUCCCCAAAAUAGUUGUCUCACCAUUGACCUCUUUGAGCGGGGGACAGUCGCCAGAGGAAGGGAGGAGAGGAAAAGGACAUCCACUGUUCAGAUAAACUGCUAAGGUGAACAUGGAGUGUGGCUGUGUGUGGGGAGAGCUACGGGGUAUGCAAGCUUUUAUUCCAGCCUUGCUCAAACACACCUGAUUCAGCCAAUCAAUGUCAUGAUCAGGAGUUGGUUAGUAGAAUCAGGUGUGUUCCUGCACAACCAGUCGCUCUCUAUGAGGAGGGUUGGCCAUCCCCUGUCUUCUAGAAAGACAGGGGUACCAUUUUGGGGUUGGGAACUCUGGAGUGCAUUAGCAAAUGAUACAUAUAUACGCGAAGCAGUGAAGUUAAACCAGUGCAGGGUAUAUGCAGAUUGCAAGUGACUGGCUUCAGUGAAUGGCUUCACAUUAUCUUCAAUGGCUACAAUGUGGCUAUACCUCUUUAGCCAUCUUGAAGUGUAGGGUGAAAUUUCCUCUAGAUGCUGAUCUUGAAUCAGUUUUGCCAGUAAUGAAGGUUAGAAUUUGGGGGGGGGGGCGCUGAUCCUGUGCUUUUUUUCCUUUCCUUUUGAAAAAUAUUUUUCACAAAUAUCCACAAUCCUCAGUCACCUACUUUUCUAUUGUUACAGAGUUCACACUGACCCGUAUGUCCACUCAAUGAGCAGUCGGCGAGAACAGCUAGGUCGUGCCAGUUCACUGGUACUGCAAUGGGCCUUUUGUCAUUGCCGCAUUGCAUUAUGCUCUGUAGAGAGGGCCUGCGUCCCAAAUGGCAUCCUAUUAUUCCCUACAUAAUGCACUAUGGUCAAAAGUAGUGCACUAUAUAGGGAAUGCCAUUUGGGAAACGGUCAGGGAAAGGGCAUACCGGAGUGUAUCCACUCAACCUUGCUCGCCUUUCGUAGCGGUGCUAUAAUUGUCAAAACGGGACAGGGCUAUUCAAUGCAUCUAUGGGCACUGAGUAGCACAAUGGGCACAACAUGCCCCUCACCAUUAUCUCAAUAAACACCCGAGUUGGUCAGUCCCUUUUCAAUUCCAGUUAUUGAAAUUAACAUUUGGACAUAUUUAUCUUGUUGUUUAUUACCAACUGUCAUGUGGUUGAAAGGGAAUUGAUACUGUGCUUACGUCCAUCCUUGUUUACCCCCGUCCUUUGAUCUCUGUAGAAUCUCCCUUUAUCAUCGUCAUCAAAUGCUGGUAUUCACAAAUGCAGUUUUUUAAAUAAUGAAAUUAACUGGCAUCCAUUUUGUAAAAUAUGUACCUAAUGCAAAACUCAGUGGGUGGUAUUUUGAAAAAGCAAAGAAGUGCCGCUGUUGUCAUAACAAACCGUAUCACUUCAAAUAAAUAGUGUGCAUCGUGUAUAAGCGCUGCUCGUUGCCAGUUUUUUUUCCAGGUUGUUUUGAUAAUGAAAGAUUCAAAAAUAAAAUGCUGCUACGAUUAUUAGGAGUAAUACGGUCACUUUCCACACGAGCAGCACUUUUAUGCUUUAACAAAGUGAGGCCUGAUGUAUCCAUGAAACCUAGAAUAGUACAAGCACUCCAAGGCAGCUAUCUCUUGGUAGAGCUCUGUAUAUCAUUGUAAAAAAUAAGGAAAAAAAGAAAGAAAGUUUACUGAAAUGCUUUUGUUUGUUUGUAGAAAUGUCAUUGUAUUUUAGCUAUUUUAUCUUGUGCAUACUUUUCAAAAGCAAAUAUGAAAAACUACAACUAUGUAUGAAUGUAAAUAUCAAUCUUUGUUGGGUAGUCUGUUUGUGUUUAUAUAUGUUGUUUCGCCAGAUGAAAUAUUAGCCUGCUUUUGUGUUUUUGUACAUUUACUUACAGUAUGUUUUAUGACAAAAUUCUGUCAUUUUAUGAUUUUAUAUGAAUUCACUGGUAAACUGAAAAGGAUGGUAGAUCCUGGUGUUCUGUAUUUUGAUAUUCUACACGUCAAGUCCACCAGCUUUUGAACAGAACAUUUCCUAACAGCAUUCCAAGUUAAUCUAGGCCUGGAUUCAAUCCAAGGUGUGUUAUAGCGCACAUCGCUAUACAUCCGACAAUGUGCCUUUUAAAGGCAUUUUCCUUGACGUUCGCAGAGAUAGCAUUCACAGUGCUUAUGGCAGCUCAAUCGUAAAUUACUGUUUAAAGUCGGUUACAGGGUACUGUGGUAUAGUGUACUGUGCCAAUAAUGUGCCUUGCAUUGAAUCCCGGCCCUAGUUAAGGAACAGUAGUUCCUCACAACAACACAAUCACACACAUUCCAUUUUUAUCAGUGAAUAAACUAAUUUCAGUUA